AGAGCUCUCACGUCACGUGAUUUAUUUUACGUAAAGCUGUGACGUUUCGCCGGCGAAAGUGUUACUUAAGCAACUUUUUCACCUCAGUCGCUGUUAUCGGAUCAUCACCUAAACUACAUUCUCCCAAAGGAAAAAGUAAACACACCAUGGCUCUCAGAGGUGCCUUCACACGUCUGCUCACCAACAGUCACAAAUGUGUCGCUAUCACUGCAGCCAGAUCACAGGGCACAACUGCUGCAGUAACAAAAGAUGCAGAAGAAGUAAAAAAAACAGCUAAAGCACCCAAGGUUGCAUUCAACUGGCAGGACGCUUUGGAUCUGGAGGGUCAGCUGACAGAAGAGGAGAUCAUGAUCCGGGACACCUUCCGCAACUACUGCCAAGAAAAGCUCAUGCCCCGAAUCCUCAUGGCCAACAGGCAUGAGCACUUCCACCGUGAGAUUGUGUCUGAGAUGGGAGAGCUGGGCGUCCUUGGCCCAACUAUUAAAGGGUAUGGUUGUGCAGGCACCAGUUAUGUGGCAUACGGUUUAAUUGCCAGAGAGGUUGAGCGAGUGGACAGCGGAUAUCGGUCUGUCAUGAGUGUCCAGUCCUCACUCGUCAUGUACCCGAUCUAUGCCUACGGCACAGAUGCUCAGAAGGAAAAAUACCUGCCUCGGCUUGCUCGGGGAGAAAUUGUGGGCUGCUUUGGUUUGACAGAGCCAAACCACGGCAGUGAUCCCAGCAGCAUGGAGACGAGGGCCAAGUACAACCCAUCCAGUGGUACCUUCACAAUCAGUGGAGCCAAAACCUGGAUCACAAAUUCCCCUGUGGCAGACAUUGCAGUGGUCUGGGCCAGAUGUGAAGAUGGCAGAGUACGGGGAUUCAUCUUGGAGCGUGGAAUGAAAGGUUUUACCACCCCCAAGAUUGAGGGCAAGUUCUCCCUGAGGGCAUCUGCUACUGGCAUGAUCCUGAUGGAUGAGGUUGAAGUUCCCAAUGAGAACCUGCUGCCCAACGUCUCAGGUCUUGGUGGUCCCUUUGGUUGUCUGAACAAUGCCCGCUAUGGCAUUGCAUGGGGAGCUCUGGGAGCUGCUGAGUUCUGCUUCCACGCUGCACGACAGUACACUCUUGACAGAAUCCAGUUUGGUGUGCCACUGGCCAGGAACCAGCUGAUGCAGAAGAAGAUGGCUGACAUGCUGACAGAGAUCACAGUUGGUCUACAGUCAUGUCUGGCACUUGGAAGACUUAUUGAUGAGAAAAAAGCAGCACCAGAGAUGAUCUCCAUGCUGAAAAGAAAUAGCUGUGGCAAGGCUCUAGACAUCGCCAGACAAGCUAGAGACAUGCUGGGAGGAAAUGGCAUCGCAGAUGAGUACCAUAUCAUCCGUCAUGUCAUGAAUCUGGAGGCAGUUAACACUUACGAAGGAACUCAUGACAUCCAUGCCUUGAUCCUGGGAAGAGCUAUCACUGGACUGCAGUCCUUCACUGUUGGAAAGUAAACCUUGACCAAAUUCAGUAUAGAUGUCAUGUGGAAUGUGGCGGAAAUUUACCUCAUGUGCAGUGCAUUUUAUCACAUUUCUGUCAUCAACCUAGUGGGGGAAGUUCUCUCCUACUGCUUGUCUUUCCUGAACACUUAAGAUCAAUCUAACACAGCAUUUGGUCCAAUAUGAUGUCUGUGUUGUAAAAUUAAACUACCUGUAAUAAAUUGUAAGUUAUAUUUUUUUUAACUGGGGUAUUUUGUGAUAAUUUGAAGUGUAAAUAAAGGGUCUGGUGAGUGGGAAGAUGUGAUUGUA